AUGAAUAAAUCUGGCUCCCGCUCCACCUCCUCACUGCCGCCGGAGCCGGUGGAAAUCAUCCGGAGCAAAGCAGCCUCCCGUCGAGUGAGACUGAAUGUAGGAGGACUCCUACACGAGGUGUUAUGGAGAACGUUAGACAGGUUACCCCGCACGAGGCUAGGGAAAUUGCGCGACUGCAACACGCACGAUUCAAUAAUAGAAAUAUGCGACGACUAUAGCCUGGAUGACAACGAAUACUUCUUCGACAGGCACCCUGGAGCUUUCACGUCCAUCCUGAACUUUUAUCGGACGGGGAAGUUGCACAUGAUGGAGGAGAUGUGCGCUUUGUCUUUUAGCCAGGAACUAGACUUUUGGGGGAUUGACGAAAUCUACCUGGAGUCUUGCUGCCAAGCACGGUACCAUCAGAAAAAAGAACAGAUGAACGAGGAGCUCAAGCGAGAGGCGGAGACCUUGAGGGACAGAGAGGGCGAUGAAUUCGACAACACGUGCUGCUCCGAGAAGAGGAGGAAACUUUGGGACCUCUUAGAGAAGCCGAGCUCAUCACUCGCAGCAAAGGUUCUUGCCAUCAUCUCCAUCCUGUUUAUAGUGCUGUCCACCAUCGCCUUGUCCCUGAACACCCUGCCAGAGCUCCAGGACCUGGACGAGUUCGGCCAGGCCACCGACAACCCCGAGCUGGCGCACGUGGAGGCCGUGUGCAUCGCCUGGUUCACCAUGGAGUACCUGCUGCGCUUCCUCUCCUCGCCCAGCAAGUGGAAGUUCUUCAAGGGCCCGCUGAACGUCAUCGACCUGCUGGCCAUCCUGCCCUACUACGUCACCAUCUUCCUGACCGAGUCCAACAAGAGCGUGCUGCAGUUCCAGAACGUGCGGCGCGUGGUGCAGAUCUUCCGCAUCAUGAGGAUCCUGAGGAUCCUCAAGCUGGCGCGCCACUCCACGGGCCUGCAGUCGCUGGGCUUCACGCUGCGGCGCAGCUACAACGAGCUGGGCCUGCUCAUCCUCUUCCUGGCCAUGGGCAUCAUGAUCUUCUCCAGCCUGGUGUUCUUCGCCGAGAAGGACGAGGAGGACACCAAGUUCAAGAGCAUCCCAGCCUCCUUCUGGUGGGCCACCAUCACCAUGACAACCGUAGGCUACGGAGACAUCUACCCAAAGACAUUACUAGGAAAGAUCGUUGGAGGUCUGUGUUGUAUAGCGGGAGUGUUGGUGAUUGCCUUGCCGAUCCCCAUCAUCGUCAAUAACUUCUCGGAGUUCUACAAGGAGCAGAAGCGUCAGGAGAAGGCCAUCAAGCGUCGCGAGGCUCUGGAGCGGGCCAAGAGGAACGGCAGCAUUGUGUCCAUGAACAUGAAGGAGAACUUUGGCCACAGCAUGGAGCUCAUGGAUGUGGUGGUGGAGAAGACUGAGGAGGCCACAGGGAAGAAAGAGAAAGUCCAUGACAACCAUCUGACCCAUACGCGCUGGAAGUCCGCCACCUCAGAGACCAGCUCCAAUAAGUCCUUUGACGGGAAGGAACAGGGCUCCCCUGACAAGACUCGCCAGGACAGCCCACAGCACCUCAACGUCAUGAAGCUGGAGGAGAUGUACAACAAGAUGGCCAAGACCCAAUCUCAGCCCAACCUCAAUAGCAAAGAGAGAGCGCCCUUAUCCAGAGCGGCAAAGUUGAAGGACGAGAUUGAGCUGGGCGCGAUGCCGACCGAGCGAGUUCCCACCUGCGCCGAGGGCAUCACCGACAUGCGGAGCAUGUCCAGCAUCGACAGCUUCAUAAGCUGCGCCACCGACUUCUUGGAGAGCUCGCGAUUCUCCCACAGCCCCAUCAACAACCUGCCUGGGAAGGUAAGCGCCAACCCUGGACUGGAGACCACCUUAGAGCACCACGGGGAGUCCACGGCGAGCCCCGCUGUCACGGCCAAGCAGCACGGCACCAAGUCAGCGAGCAGCCGACACGGCCUGUUCUCAGACAGCCCUCGAGGCAUCCGCUUGCUCAAUCCGCUCAAGUCGCGCUCGCUCAAGGUCAACUUCCACGGCGUGGACAGCGGUCCAUCCUCCACGGCGUCUCCGGGGGUCGCGGCCCUCUCCGAUAGCUCGGUGACGUCCGACCGCUCCCUCCUCAGCCCAGAGGUGUCUGUGUACACCACUGCCAGUAGCAAGACCCCCCCAAAGACCCCCGAGGUCCUGGCGCCCAGUGUCUUCACAUUCCACGACGCGUCCAUCAGCAAGUACAUCGACGCCGACACCGACGACGACGAGCACCUGCACGACGGGCCCGACCCCAGCCCCUCCGAGCGUCUCCUCGGCAACACGAGCCCCAAGUUCAGCAGCAAUAGCAGCCACCAGCGUGCGUCCAAUCACCUGGAGAUGUCCCAGCGGGCGCUGGCCCAGAAGAGCGCCUUCCCUCUGGAGGGCCGACAGGAGAACCACGUGACUCAGGGGGAGAGAGGCCGCUCCAACACCUACAACGAGGCUAGCUAG